AAAACUGAAAUUCAAAGUGUAUUAAAUGCAGCAGCUUGUCCUCGUCGAAAUGGUAAAAAAUUUCAACAGAUGUGUUGGAAAAGUUGCCAAAAAACCCAGAACAGUGUAUUACCUGAAGCAAAAAUUUAUUAUGUGAUGCAAUUAAAAUCGUUUAAUGCAACUGAACAUUCAUCACAGAGAAGAGCAUUAACAAUAGUUCAAUUUCAACCUCAGGCUUUAAAGAGCACUCAUAUCACUAUACCUACAAAUAUUUAUGAAUAA